AUGCUUGAAAUACUAUCGUUGUAUAAGGAUAUUCCCAAUUUCAAAGUGAAAUCAAAACACAGAACACAUGAACAACAGCACAAUGAGUUUUUUGCCAGUUUCAAGUCGUUGAUUGAGUACUUGUUCAAGAAAGGUAGUCAAGAAGCAGAUAUAAACCAUCCUAUAUUGGUCAUACUUCCUUCUUCGAAGGAGGACAAGCACCAUCACCAUCAUCACAAGCACCAUCAUCAUCAUCAUCAUCAUCACCAACAGUAUCAUCUGCAGUCGCAGUCGCAGUCGCAGUCGCAGUCGCAGUCGCAGUCGCAGUCGCAGUCGCAGUCGCAGUCGCAGUCGCAGUCGCAACUGCAGCUGUAUCAAAGUCGUCAUCACCAACAUACCACUCAUACACUGUUGGAACUGCUUCUGUUUAAAGAUAGAGUGACUUUACUCGACUACUUCUUUAGUCACUUAAACAUUGUCAUUAUACCGCAUGACCAUGAUGAUUACCCUUUGUUACAACAUCAGCUCAAUUCCAUUAUCGAUAAAUUGUACCAUAGAAUAUCUCGUAUUGGAAUUUGGUCAGGCACAACAAUGGUCCAAAAUGCAUUCGAUACAAAACACAGAAUACCGACAAUGGCUGAACUAUUGUACAAAAACAUUACUAGAUCUCACCAUGCAACUCAACAUUUAAUCAAAUUGAAACAAUUGGUGUUGCAGGAAAUUGACUUUUUCAAUUUGUUGUCAAACACUGACAAUGAGGAACAUUUAUCAUAUCUUUGUUCAACAGUGGGAAAUUGGGCUUUCCCAGCUCAUGAAUUGUCGAGCGACGAUUUAGUUUAUUGUGCUUAUUUAAUGAUUAAUUAUGCAUUACAUCAAGUUUUGCAACAACAACAUGAACAAGAUGGCAAUUUUGUCAAGGGUUUGCAUUUCCCCAAUCGAAAUGAAUUGUUGGCGAUUAUUUUCAUUGUUAGAGAUACUUAUAGAUCAGGCAAUCCUUUCCAUAAUUUCCGUCAUGCUGUUGAUGUGUUGCAAGCUUGCUUUCAUUUUCUUGUCAGGUUGGGUUGUUUACCUCAGUUUAAACAAUUUAUUAUUGAUCCUUACCAAGUGGAGAACUUGGCAUUAUCAAAGAGUGCCAAUGAUGUUGAGUUGAUUGCUACUAACCGAGUUUUCAGUCUGGUUGAUUUAACCCAGAUAUUAUUGGAGGCGGUGGGUGGUGGUGGAAGCAGGAGCUCGACAUCGUCUUUCAAUCGAUCCGAUUCACCCACUGGCUCAGAAGUUUCAGCUGCAUCUACUGUCAAGGACAUAUCUAAACCAAGUUUGAAUUUGAUACAAACUUUGGGGUUAUUGGUUGCGGCAUUGGGCCAUGAUGUUGGCCAUCCGGGAACUACAAAUGCAUUUAUGAUCAAAAACAGGACACCUACAUCAUUAGUUUACAAUGAUCGUUCAGUAUUGGAAUCAUAUCAUGCAUCGAUUUUCAUUAAUAAAGUACUCAAUGUAUGCUGGCCCAGUUUAUUACAAAUUAAAAUCGAAAAAGAUUCAUUGUUGAAUUUGCAUGACUUGAUAGUGUCGUCCAUCUUGGCUACCGAUAUGGGAGAGCAUUUCGAAUACAUGUCGAAAUUGAAGAAUUUCAGUGCUAGUACCAAACAAGGUUUUAAUGAUGAUGGCGCUGGUUCACAACAUGAACCAAUGAGCAAUGACAAUAAGAUCAAGUUGAUAUCUGCUUUACUCAUCAAAUGUGCCGACAUAUCCAACGUCACUAGACCAUUACGUGUUUCAUCACAAUGGGCAGUAGUGUUGCAACGUGAGUUUGACGAAGUUAAUCAACUUGAUCAAUUGUUGAACAAACAGCAACAAGCGGGAUUCUCAUCCCACAAUGAUGACGAUGGCAACGAUGAUGGUGAUGAUGCCGAUGUCGAAGCGGAUAUCGAUACCGAUACAACCACAAGAUCAUCAAUCUCCACAUCAUCAAUUGCAUCCUUUACAGAUGACGCUCAAGGAGCAGAAUGGUUUCUUGAACUAGAAAAUGAAAUUGAGUAUGAACAUUUACCAUUUGAAUUGAAUGAAAUCUUGCAAAACAAACCAAACAUCCCACUGGGACAAUUGUUCUUUAUUGGUACAUUUGCUGAAAAUUUGUUUAAUAAUAUUAGUCAAGUUUAUCCUAGUUUGAACUAUACUUGUCAAAUUAUUAGUGAUAAUAAGAAGUAUUGGUUGGAAAGGAAGGGCGAGCUGCAAAUGUGA